GGCUAACACAGGCCGGUGCUCCCGGCGGUAACCCCUGGCAACAGCUAACGCCGGCCGCCAGCAUGGCGCACAAGUACGACACGCUCCUCGCCGAGAAAUCCCCUUUGAGCAUAAUGCUUCCUGACAAGAAUCCGCUUCUUCAGCCCUGGUACAAGGAGAGAUUAAAGACCAAGUAUCUAAAGAAGAAUCCGAAACUGCAGUCUGAUGCUUUGAAUGGACAUAGAUGGCGCUUCUUGAAAAAUGGGCUGGAUGAUUUUCGUGAUGGAUUACCACCAUCGUCACAAGAGGAUUUAGCCAUAAUACAGUAUCAGAAAGGUGCCGGCCUUAGUCCCUCACUGGUGAAUGUGGCAGAAACUUUCAAGCCUGCCCAACGUGUAUCAAAAAGGCUCACUAAAUCACAAAUAUGUUAUUCCAAGGCUUUACCAUCACAACAGAUUAGGAGGGAGCAGAUUGAAGAGAUUGAAUAUGGCUUGAGUCAGCAUCCAUUGGCUCUUUAUCCACACCUGGAAGAAGGAGUGCCUCCAGAGCUCUUUGAGACAAUUAUAGAUAUCCUGGACCCUGAGAUGCUCCUGCCCAGUGAGGAGGAUCGGGUAGUUCCCAUGGAACUUGCUGAAAUGGAGAAGCCUCCUAAACCACAGAAGAAGAAGAUGAAGAAGAAGAAGAUGGAAGAAGCAAAAUGUUCAGAAAGCAGUGAAGAAACGGUGCAAAGAAACCCGUACAAAUGGAUUCUAACCAAAGGGGUACAAAAAGAAGACAAGAAAGUCAAACUAAUAAGGGACAUGCCUUCACAGCAAGAUAAAGAAAUAGAACAAGUUACAAAGGCAUUUUGUGACUGGGUUGCUUCUCUGGGUGGCGAAGACAACAACAUAGAAGAAGCAACAGUCAUGAGUCUGUUUGCCAGCAACUAUGAGUCCCAUUCGGCACUUGCAAUACCAAUCCAGGUCUUGGCGCUGGUCGAUAUACCUCCAGAGUUGAGGAAAACUGUUGGAACACCUCCUCCACCACCUUUAAUUAAAAUCAGGAAAACUAUUGGCAAGGAAUUCAUCCACCAAGCUGGGUUUAAAUUUAAAUAUGGAGCAUGGUAUUUGGACCCAAAGAUAUGGGCAAAACGAAGAGCUGAUGAACCUCUGGUGGAUCCUAAUUCUGUGGCCAGCACAGAUAAGUUAUUAUCUGAAGCAGAAAAGGAAAAGAAAAAAGAGUUGAGAAGGCUUCAUGCAAUAUUAUCUUUCAAGAAAUUCAUUGAAACCAAGGGACUUCGAAAACCAGAGUUUAUGAAGAAACUAUUUGACACAGUUGACAAUCAUGGAACGUUCAUUCCCUGGGCCUGACUGAAAGCUGGAAACCCAGGAGCAAGGAUUCUAUUCUUUACUGUACAUGGGGUCAUUGUUAAUUAAAAUGUGAUUUCAUUAUUUUAACUUGACACACUCCCUGUAAUAUUAUGAUUUCAUUUUAAACUUACCCACUAGUUUAUACUCAUGGAACAUUUAAAUUGAAAUAAAGAAAAUUACUUCACUUCAAGAAUUGCCAAGUACUAACAUCAGUUAAGUUUAUAGAAUGGACCUAAGUGAAGGUAAUAAAUGUGAAUUUUCAAAUCUGUUGCUCCAAUUGUUGUG